UGUCUUGUUGCUCGAUGGGGAAUUCGAGUGCAACGUUACCAUCGGAGAAAUUACGCGACGUGAACGAAUACGUGUUACUGCGAACCAGUUGCAUCUACUCGGUGCUGAUUUAGUCGAUGUUUUCAACCUCUGGUCCGUACCCAUGGACACCUUCUGCUGUCAAGUGACCGGAUCUUCGUUGCCUACCGCUGCUCUCAAGUCGACUUUCCCCAACGUGUUCAGCGAGCAACUCGGCUUGUGCAGCAAAACGAAAGUGAAGUUAGAGCUGAAAGAAAACAUUCGACCCGUUUUCGUCCCGAAACGUCCGGUUGCAUACGCUAUGUACGACGCCGUAGAUCUUGAGCUCGACCGCCUAGAGAAGCUAAAUAUCAUCACCCCGGUCGAAUAUUCAGAGUGGGCCGCUCCAAUCGUUGUCGUCCGUAAAGCCAAUGGUUCCAUUCGAAUUUGCGGAGACUAUUCCACAGGGUUGAAUGCAGCGCUUCAGCCAAACCAGUAUCCGCUUCCCCUUCCGGAUGAUAUUUUUGCCAAGCUGGCUAAUUGUAAGGUUUUCAGCCAGAUUGAUUUGUCUGAUGCCUUCUUGCAAGUGGAGGUUGAUGAGCAGCACCGUAGGUUGCUCACGAUCAACACGCAUCGGGGUCUCUAUUCCUACAAUCGUCUGCCUCCCGGUGUGAAGAUCGCGCCUGGGGCGUUUCAGCAAGUCAUCGACACGAUGCUAGCCGGCUUAGAGUGCACUUCCGGCUAUUUGGAUGAUGUCAUAAUCGGCGGAAGAACGGAGGAAGAACACGAUCGCAAUCUACGGGCUGCUCUGAAGCGAAUUCAAGAUUUCGGCUUCACAAUUCGUUCUGAAAAGUGCACAUUUCGCAAGCAACAAGUGAAGUACGUAGGCCUCGUCAUCGAUGCUCGCGGGUUACGUCCAGAUCCAGCUAAGAUCGAGGCAAUUAUGAAGCUGCCACCUCCCACAAAUGUGUCUGAAACGCGUUCGUUUUUGGGGGCCAUCAACUAUUAUGGCAAGUUCGUCCCCAAUAUGCGCAAGCUACGGUAUCCGCUCGACAAUCUCCUCAAAGCUGAAGCGAAAUUCCAAUGGACUGCAGAGUGCCAAACAGCGUUUGAGCAAUUCAAGCGAAUUCUUUCCUCGGAUCUACUCCUUACUCAUUACGAUCCUAAGCGGGAGAUCAUAGUGUCCGCCGACGCUUCUUCUGUCGGGCUCGGAGCAACGAUCAGUCACAAGUUGCCCGACGGCACCGUCAAGGUCGUCCAGCAUGCGUCUAGAGCACUCACGAAAGCCGAGCAAGGGUAUAGUCAGCCGGAUCGAGAAGGUUUGGCCAUCGUCUUCGCUGUAACGAAGUUUCACAAGAUGCUUUUCGGGCGGCACUUCCGACUGCAAACCGACCAUCAGCCUCUGCUACGAAUUUUCGGUUCCAAGAAGGGAAUACCAGUGUAUACUGCCAAUCGCCUUCAACGCUUCGCUUUGAACUUGCUUCUCUACGACUUCGACAUCGAGUAUGUGCCAACUCACAAGUUUGGAAAUGCAGACCUGCUCUCGCGAUUGAUUAACCAACAUGUCAAGCCCGACGAGGAUUACGUCAUCGCGAGCCUCAACUUGGAAGAGGACCUUAGGUCAGUAGUGUCUAAUACGGUUAAAGUUUUGCCUCUCAAUUUCAGAGCCGUCGCGCAAAGCACCCAAGCAGACCCUCUGCUCCGAACAGUCUACCACCACGUUCAACACGGUUGGCCCCAGUCCAAACUUCCGGGGUCCGACAUCAAACGGUUCCAAUCCAGACAGGAAUCGCUCUCCGUGGUAGAUGGGUGCAUCUUGUUUGCCGAACGGCUCGUCAUUCCAUCGCUACACCGCAAGCGAUGCCUUGAGCAACUUCAUGGUGGUCAUCCCGGCAUGCAGCGAAUGAAAGCCCUUGCCAGGAGUUAUGUCUACUGGCCCAGUUUGGAUGCUGACAUCGUGAACUUCGUGAAGACAUGUCAACAAUGUGCAUCAGUGGCCAAAUCACCUCCUCAUUCUCUACCGGUGCCACGGCCAAAUCCAACAGUUCCGUGGCAACGUGUCCACAUUGACUACGCCGGUCCGAUCGAAGGCGAGUACUACCUCAUCGUUGUAGACUCGUUCUCAAAGUGGCCAGAGAUCGUUCAAACCAACCGUAUCACAUCGGCAGUGACCAUUAAUAUCCUUCGCGGAUUGUUUGCUAGACUGGGUAUGCCAACAACACUGGUCAGUGACAACGGUACCCAGUUCACUAGUUCCGAAUUCGCCAAUUUCUGCGCCUCUAACGGCAUCGAACACCUGACAACGGCUCCUUUCCAUCCACAAUCGAAUGGCCAAGCGGAGCGGUUCGUGGACACUUUCAAGAGAUCUGUGAAGAAAAUUCGAGAGGGAAGAGGAUCGAUACAGCAAGCACUGGACAUUUCUUGCUGA